UUUGAAGCACAUGAUGAAGCAGUGAAAGGCUUGUAGAUUUGUCUCAUCCUCCUUCUUCCUGCACGGCAGCGCUUGCUAAUAGUGAAACGUGACCAGAAAGCCAGCUGACAUCCACGCCGACUGCGCGCUGACACCGACACUGUGACUGUGAUCAUGGCCUCAAAGGAGCUCGCACUCUUGAGCGUGUCAGACAAAACUGGACUGGUGGACUUUGCUAAACGGCUGGUGGACGUCGGGCUGUCUCUGGUCGCCUCGGGUGGCACAGCCAAAGCCCUGCGUGAUGCUGGGCUUAAAGUCAGGGAUGUGUCUGAGCUGACUGGACAUCCAGAGAUGCUGGGAGGCAGAGUGAAGACCCUGCACCCAGCUGUCCACGGAGGCAUCCUGGCCAGAAAGUCCCCAGGUGACACCGCAGACAUGGAGAAGCUGGGCUACAGUCUGGUCAGAGUCGUGGUUUGCAACCUCUAUCCGUUUGUGAAGACCGUCUCUAACCCGAAUGUCACAGUGGAGGACGCUGUGGAGCAGAUUGACAUCGGUGGUGUUACUCUGCUGAGAGCAGCAGCUAAGAAUCAUGCCCGCGUCACCAUCGUGUGCGAUCCCGCUGACUAUUCCCUCGUCGCCAAGGAGAUGGAGGCUUCAGGGGACAAAGACACGGCCCUGGAAACACGCAGGACUCUGGCGCUGAAAGCCUUCACACACACGGCCCAGUAUGAUGAGGCUAUAUCGGACUACUUCCGUGGACAGUACAGCCGCGGCGUGUCUCAGCUGCCUCUGCGUUACGGCAUGAACCCGCACCAAGCGCCGGCCCAGAUCUACACUCUGCGGCCAGUCCUGCCGCUCAAAGUUGUCAACGGUUCUCCCGGGUUUAUCAACCUGUGUGACGCUCUGAAUGCUUGGCAGCUGGUCCGAGAGCUGAAGCGCGCCCUCGGCAUGGCUGCUGCCACUUCUUUCAAACACGUCAGCCCUGCUGGAGCUGCAGUAGGAGUCCCACUGUCUGAGGAGGAAGCCAAAGUGUGCAUGGUGCAUGACAUGCUGAAGGAUCUCAGCCCGCUGGCCACAGCCUACGCUAGAGCCAGAGGUUCGGACAGAAUGUCGUCUUUUGGAGAUUUCAUUGCUGUGUCAGAUGUGUGCGACGUUCCCACCGCCAAGAUCAUAUCGAGAGAGGUAUCAGAUGGUAUCAUUGCUCCCGGUUAUGACGAGGAGGCGCUCAAAAUCCUUUCCAAGAAGAAGAACGGCAACUACUGCGUGCUCCAGAUGGAUCCAGAGUAUGAGCCCGAUGACGCUGAGGUCAGGGUGUUGUUUGGUCUCUAUCUCAAACAGAAGAGGAACGGAGCGCUCAUCGACAAGGAAUUCUUCACCAACGUUGUUUCCAAGGGCUCGCUCUCUGAGGAAGCUGUACGUGACCUGACCGUGGCCUCCAUCGCCGUCAAGUACACCCAGUCCAACUCCGUCUGCUACGCUAAAGAUGGACAGGUUAUUGGUAUUGGUGCGGGUCAGCAGUCUCGUAUCCACUGCACACGGCUGGCCGGAGACAAAGCUGAUAACUGGUGGCUGAGACACCACCCGCGUGUCCUGAACAUGAAGUUUCGCAGCGGUGUGAAGCGAGCAGAGAUGGCCAACGCAAUCGACCAGUACGUCAGCGACACCAUUGGAGAGGGUCCAGACUUGGCAGUGUGGAAGUCAAUGUAUGAGGAAGUGCCUGAGCCUCUAUCGGACACUGAAAAGAAGAACUGGAUAAGCUCCCUGCAGGCGGUGGCUGUCAGCUCUGAUGCUUUCUUCCCCUUCAGAGACAACAUAGAUCGUGCCAAACGGAGUGGCGUCGAGUACAUCGCAGCUCCGGCGGGCUCUGCUGCUGACGAGGUCGUGAUCAACGCCUGUAACGAGCAGGGCAUCACUCUGGUGCACACCAACCUGCGCCUCUUCCACCACUGAGCAACACGUUUCCACUGCAGGAGUUCGAACGUUUUUUUUUUUUGUUGUUGUUUUUUUUCUAACAUAGACGAUACUCAAACAUUCCGACUAGUGGAAAGCACAAAUGCACUGUUACAUUUAAUUGCAGACUUGGGAUCAUAACACUAGAGAGAUCAGUAGAGUAACUGUUCAAGUUCAUCAAGUUUAGUCAUGUGUCAGUGUGAAAUAAACGGUUGGUGACAGUU